UGUGAAUAGAAUGAUAUGGGAUAAUGCAAAACGACUGGUAUCAACGACUGCCAAUUGUGAUAGAGAUUACUUCCGGUUUGAUUGACCUUUUUCAAUCUCGAUCUUGUACCAAGGGCCACCAUGGUGCGUAUGAAUGUAUUGGCAGACGCACUGAGGUGCAUCUGCAAUGCUGAGAAACGAUGCAAGCGUCAAGUGCUGAUCAGACCAUGCUCCAAGGUUACUGUCAAGUUCCUUAUGGUGAUGAUGAAGCAUGGAUACAUUGGGGAAUUUGAGAUCGUAGACGACCACAGGGGAGGCAAGAUCAUUGUCAACCUCAACGGCAGACUCAACAAGUGUGGUGUGAUCAGUCCUCGCUUUGAUGUGCCCAUCAACGAAAUGGAGAAAUGGACCAGCAAUCUCCUUCCAUCUAGACAGUUUGGGUAUGUAGUCCUGACCACAUCGGGAGGUAUCAUGGAUCACGAGGAGGCGAGGAGAAAACACGUCGGUGGCAAGAUCCUGGGCUUCUUCUUCUGAACAGGGCCAGAGACGGGGUGUAAAUUCACAGCAGAAAAUAAUAAAAUAAACAAAAAAAUGAAAUAAACUUACA